ACUGUUUUAGUUAAUUAGUUCCGCAAUCAUGGCUGUGUAUUGCUUGCUGAUCAUCGCGAUUUUUUUAAAUGUAGGCAGUUUAGUAAGUAGCCAGCACGUGUUCGGUGACUACACAAAUCCACCAUACCAGACUAGUAUAUGCUCAGAUGAGUCCCUCACCAGAGGUUACAAGUGUGAGGACUAUGAUGUGAUAACGGACGAUGGGUACAUAUUAAGGUUGGAAAGAUUUCCAGAAGGUCGAUACAACCACCGUGGUGGAUAUAAUAAGCCUCCAGUUUAUCUUCAGCAUGGAUUAGUUGCGGAUGGAAUGAUUUGGUUUUCACUGAGUCAUGCUGAUCAGACCCUGCCGUUAAUCUUGGUUGAGGCCGGUUUCGAUGUGUGGAUUGGUAACGUCAGAGGCACUCGAUUCAGCAAGAACCACAUCUCAGAAAACUUUACUAAUUCGGAUAAAUAUUGGGACUUCUCAUUCGAUGAGUUGGGGAAGUAUGAUCUACAUGCUUCAAUCAAAUUCGUAUACGAAGAAACUGGCCAGAAGGUUCAUUACGCAGGCCACUCCUUGGGGACUACGAUGUUUACUGUGGCAGCCCUGGAGUGGGAUAUAGAAAAGAUGAUGAAAUCUGCAACACUUAUUUGCCCAGUUAUCUACUUGAACCAUGUUACUAAUAUAAUAGGUUCUAUCGGAGCCCAUGCCUACCUUGCUGAGAUUGCGUCAUCAUAUGGGCUAAAAUAUCUGGAUCUAAAAACGCCACCACUGGGCGUAAUCGAGUACUCCAUCUGCAACACCCCGGGAGUAAAUUGUUUCAGUUUUCUUGUAGACUUGGUCACUGGCCCUAACUGCUGUUUGAAUGCCUCGGCCAUCAACAUUUUCUUGAAAAAUCUGCCACAACCUAGUUCAAUGAGAACCUUCGAACAGCUCGCUCAAGGUUGCAGAACAGGAGUAUUUUCUAAAUAUGAUUAUGGAAAUCCAGCAACUAAUUUGGAACAUUAUGGAGUUCCAGAAGCUCCUGUUUAUGAUAUACGAAAAAUUCCGAAAAAGUUUCCCCUGCUUCUUUGCUACGGAGGCAAUGAUCAGCUUGCUUCUCCAGCAGAUGUGCGCAGAGUUCGAUCAGAAUUGAUGGAUCAUAAUAUACACAACCUAUUCAUAGAGGAAUUUUCUCAUAUUGAUUUCGUCAAUGGAAUGACUUCUAAAGAUGUUUUGUACCCUGAUGUUGUCGAAUUUAUGAGAAGAUAUAAUUAACAGAAAUAUUGAAGUGUACUUUUAUAAACCAAUAUGUAUUUAGUAAAGUUCAUAUAUAUAAGCUACAUCCAAUUCU